CUCCUUCCAAUAACACAAAUAUUAGUACCCUUUUAAUAACUUUUGAUAUGUUCCCAAAAACAACAAUUUGACUUUUGCUUUCUUUUUAGUUUUGUUUUCCGCCGACAUCACCACCUUCUUUCUUUCUCCUUCUUCCUCUUCCUCUGUUUUUCUCCUAUAAAGCUAACACGAGACGCAAGUGAAAGAGAUAGAAUAAGAUAAAACUCGUUUUUCUUGAUCAGAUUUGUUGAUGAUCAUCUAAAACUUAUAACCUCUCUUUUUGUGUGUGUUUUAUUAAUUUUAUUUUUUACGUUUUGGAGAAAUGAAGUUUUGUAAGAAGUACGAGGAGUACAUGCAAGGACAAAAGGAGAAGAAGAAUCUACCUGGCGUCGGAUUCAAGAAGCUCAAGAAAAUUCUCAAGAGAUGCAGAAGAAGAGAUCAUCGGAUUGCUUCAAUCAAUCACCAACAUGGCAACAACUGUCCUCGUGAAUGCACAGUUUGUGAUGGAACCUUCUUCCCGGAGCUUCUCAAGGAGAUGGAAGAUGUUGUGGGAUGGUUUAACGAGAAUGCUAAGAAGCUUCUCGAGUUACAUUUAGCUUCUCGUUUCAAAAAAUGUCUUACUUGGCUCAAAGGCAAUAACCGCAAAAAGAGCCAUCUCGGUUUGAUCCAAGAAGGCAAAGACUUGGUUAGCUACGCCCUCAUCAACUCGGUCGCCAUUAGAAAAAUCCUAAAAAAAUACGACAAGAUUCAUGAGUCUAGCCAAGGACAAGCGUUUAAGACACAGGUCCAGAAAAUGCAUAUCGAAAUCCUUCAAUCACCGUGGCUAUGCGAGCUCAUGGCGUUUCACAUCAACCUGAAAGAGACUCAGAACGACUGCUCUGGAGCUGUUUUGGCUUCUCCUCCUCCUGCACUGUUUGAUGGUUGCUCUUUGGUGUUUGAUGAUGGAAAGCCUUUGCUUUCCUGCGAGCUCUCUGAUUCUGUAAAAGUUGACAUCGACUUGACUUGUUCAAUAUGCUUGGACACGGUGUUUGAUCCGAUAUCUUUAACCUGCGGUCACAUAUAUUGCUACAUGUGUGCUUGUUCUGCUGCAUCAGUGAACGUAGUAGAUGGCUUGAAAACUGCAGACCCGUCCGAAAAAUGCCCGCUUUGCCGUGAGUUCACCCAUUCGAUGACAGGUUUGUGUUUAUAAAGGUGCUGUUCACUUGGACGAGCUCAGUAUCUUGCUUAAGCGAAGCCGCCGAGAGUACUGGGAAGAGAGGCGUAAAACAGAGAGAGCAGAGAGGUUAAAACAAGCCAAAGAGUAUUGGGAUUAUCAAUGCCGAAGCUUCACUGGAAUAUAGCAGCUUGAUGAUAUGUUUUGAUUGAUUAUAAGCUAAUAAAAAGAAAACUUAAAUUCAUUGUGAUUUGCUUUCCCCUGUGAGUGUGACAGAGUGAUACCAUUUGUUUGUGAAAAUUUUGAAAACUCUUAAAACCGAUUCUAAAAACUAAGAUUUUUUUUUU